GUGCAUUUAAAUUUAAAUCGCCACAAUGUAAACGGAAUACCAUCAAGUCUGUGGUUCCAUGAGAAAAUAACUCAACAUGGCGGUUACGAAUGGUCCGAAUUGUGAAAUUGUGGAUACUCUACGGAAUUUAGAACGAGGACUGGUUGUGACCAUAUUCUUUGCCAGGAGGAGACCAGAAAGACGGACUCUUAAAGUUAAAUUAGAAACGAGACAACUGUUAUGGAUCAAGGCACAAGGGGGGAGACCGGAAGGCACAGUGAAUUUGCGGGAGGUGAAGGAGGUCAGAGCAAAAGAGAAGAAUUCAAAAGACUUUGACAAAUGGCCUGAUGAGGCGAGGAAAGCUGACAACAACCUCUGUUUCAUCGUUAUAUAUGGCAAUAACUUUAAGCUGAAAACUCUGUCUGUCGUUGCAUCCUCCCCUGACGACUUUAAACGAUGGAAGUCGGGACUGGAUUGGUUGGAAAAAAGUGCCAAAAAUGCUCCCUAUCAGCACCAGCUGGAAAGAUGGCUGCGACGGGAAUUCUGUCUUAUAGACAAGGCUGGAAGUGACGUGGUGACGUUAAAGACUAUGAAGGCAUGGAUGCAGCGCGUUAACACAAAGAUUCCAACCAAUAAACUCAGGGAACGUUUCCAGGAAAUUGUAGAAGAAGGUGGGAAAGAAGAACUGGUGUUUGAGCAGUUUGCUCUGCUGUUCCACCGGCUUGUGUUUAUACCUGUGAUUAUUACCAAUUAUAUAGAGUUUUACCUAGACUGUCCAAACAGAAUUGUUAAUCCAGAAAAAUUUCAGCAGUUUCUAAAACAUGAACAAAAGGAGAACUUUGCAGACAACAUUGUUCCUGUGAAAGAGAUGAUGGUGAAAUUCCUCGCAGAUCCAAUCCGUCACAAAAACAAUGUAUAUUUUACUGAUAUGGAGUUUGAAGACUACCUGUUCUCUAAAGACAACUCAAUCUGGGAUGAAAAGCAUGAUAAGAUUAAUCAGGACAUGACUCAGCCGCUGUCCAUGUACUGGAUAGCCUCCUCACAUAACACAUACCUUACAGGGGACCAAGUAUCAAGUGAUUCAUCAACAGAAGCUUAUGUACGCUGUCUCCGUAUGGGCUGUAGAUGUAUAGAAUUGGACUGUUGGGAUGGCCCAGACGGUUUACCAAGUAUAUACCAUGGUCACACCCUCACAACACGAAUACGAUUCCUUGAUGUUCUCAGAUCCAUCAAGGAACAUGCCUGGGUCGCAUCAGAGUACCCUCUUAUUCUGUCCAUUGAAAACCAUUGUUGCCUUGGUCAGCAAAGAAAUAUGGCCAUGGCUUUUAAAGAUGUGUUCGGGGCUGACCUAUUGGUGGAACCAGUAGAGGGAGACCCACACCAGUUGCCAUCUCCAGAGAAACUAAAGCGUAAAGUUAUCCUGAAGCAUAAAAAGCUGGAUCUGCCGAAAGAUGGUGGAGCUGCAGAAUGUGUUGUGGAUAGAGUGGAUGAAACGGGACGGGAAGGUGAUAUGAACAAUGCCGUGAAAACAGGAGUUUUGUACCUGGAAGAUCCCUUUGAAAAUAUAUGGCAUCCUCACUUUUUUGUGUUGACGAGUACAAAGUUACAUUACACUGGGGAGACGGACCAAAAUCAGCAGGAAGAGGAUGAUGGCGAGGACGACAAUGGAUCUGUAACCAAUGAGGACCGUCCCCAGGAUGAACUCCACUUCAGCGAACGGUGGUUCCAUGGAAAGUUAGAGGGAGGUAGGAAUAAGGCUGUUGAACUUCUACGAGAGUAUGCCUCACUGGGUGAUGGAGCUUUCCUGGUCCGCGAGAGUGAAACCUUUGUUGGAGACUUCUCAUUGUCAUUCUGGUGGCAAGGAACCACACAACACUGUCGUAUCAAGUCCAAACAGGAGAUGGGCUCCACCAAGUACUUCCUGAUUGAGACCACACUGUUCGAUAGCCUUUACGAACUCAUCACCUUCUAUCACACAAACCCUCUUCGCAGUCAAAAUUUCUCUGCCAUUCUGUCGGAGCCGAUUCCACAACUUGUCAGUCAUGAGAGAAAAGAAUGGUUCCACAACAACCUUGAUCGAAGUCAGGCUGAAGACAUGUUAAAAAAGAUCGGACGGGAUGGAGCGUUCCUUGUUCGUAGAAGUGUCAAAAAUCAGGAUUCUUAUGCAAUUUCAUUCAGAGCCGAUGGUAAGAUCAAGCACUGUCGUAUCCAGAAUGAAGAGCGUCUAUUUGUCAUUGGAUCAGCUGAGUUUGAGAGCCUUGUAGAUCUUGUGGAUUACUAUGAGAAAAAUCCUUUAUACAACAAAGUCCGCCUCAAAUAUCCUGUCAGUCAGCGACUCGUGGAGGAGAGAGGGGCUGUAAGUACUGAAGUAGCUGAGCCAGGGGCAGAUUACAUCUAUCCUAACGAGUUUUCAAAGGUGCCGAAUAUGGAUGAGAAUCUUGGAGCAGAAGGGAUAUAUCACCAGCCAAAUGAGUUUGUAACCAAGGUAAAGGUCAAGGCUCUAUAUGAUUACCCAGCAAAUCGAACUGACGAACUCUCCUUCCUGAAGGGAGCAGUGAUCACCAACGUCAACAAGUCAGACAACGGAUGGUGGCGUGGUGAUUAUGGUGACAAGAAGCAAGCAUGGUUUCCAGAUUACAUGGUAGAAGAAAUAGAGACUCAGGAUGAGUCAGCGGACACAACUCCCUUGGGAGCUAUGCAGAAAGGCUCCAUAGAUGUUCAGGGCUGUAAAAUAGAACCUGUUAGCCGACCUGACCGUCCAUUUGUCGUCCGUAUCUUCACACGCACACAGAAUGUUCCUAUUGAAGUAGCAGCAGACAAUGAAACUGAGAUGAAGGAUUGGAUAGAGAAUAUCAACAUGUGUACCAACAAUCUUGUUGGAACGAAACAAGAGGACAAACGAUUAGAACGUAAGAAGUGUCUAGCUCGUGACCUUUCUGACCUCAUUAUUUACACCAUUGCUGUGCCAUUUGAACCACAAAGAGUGAUGAACAAUCCAAAUUGCUGCGAAAUGUCUUCUUUCUCUGAAACAAAGAUGGAAAAGUUUUUCACUCAAUCUCAGGCAAACUUCUUUGUAAAAUACAACAGGAACCAAUUGAGUCGGGUGUACCCUAAAGGGUCUCGUCUUGAGUCCUCUAACUACGACCCUGUGCCUUGUUGGAAUGUUGGCACACAAAUGGUGGCCCUCAAUUACCAGACACCAGACCGUUCUAUACAGUUGAACCAGGGGCGUUUCCUCAGAAAUGGAAACUGUGGGUACGUGCUGCAGCCCCAGACAAUGAGGAUCCCGGUAUUUAAUCCUUAUGACAAGACAACUCUUCAGGGGGUGGCACCACUCACCAUAUCUAUCACGGUAAUAGGAGCACGCCACCUUGUAAAGUCAGGCCGAGGAAUAGCUAGCCCAUUUAUAGAAAUAGAAAUUUCCGGUAUUGAGGAUGAUGUCCACAAAUUCAAAACCCCAACGAUUGCGGACAAUGGCCUAAACCCGGUAUGGAAGGACAACAACUUUGUGGUGUUUGACCUUCGUUGUCCUGAGCUUGCACUGAUACGUUUCGUUGUCCAAGAUGAGGAUACAUUUGGGGAACCAAACUUCCUCGGCCAAGCCACCUUCCCCGUGCCAUGUAUCAAAAGUGGGUAUAGAAGUAUUCCCCUGAAGAAUGGAUUUGGGGAGGAUUUAGAAAUGGCUGCCAUCCUAGUUCACCUGGAAAUGCGCAACCCAUGUGAAUCGGAUGAUCGAGACAUCUAUGGAUGUAUACAGGACCUCCUGGAGACAAAGAGCAAGUUGACAGGAAAACUACAAGAACUUGAACAAACUGGACAGAGUGAUUUUGCCAUAAAGUCACUCCAAGAUGAGCUAAAACAGACGGAGCAGGUCCUUCUUGCGAAGAACGAGGAAAGGCGGCAGAGAAAGAUGACGGUGAAGCAGAAAAAAGUGAUUUAUCGGCGGACAUCAGCCAGUUGAUGACAUUUGGGAGGGACGGGGACACUUAGCAAUAAACAAGUGAUGUACAAUAAGGGAGUCACUUACACUUUGGUUAGUCCCCAAACUCCAAAACCAAGUGCUAAUAAUAACCUAAUUAUUGAAAACUUUGCAUACAGUGAUUCUUUUCCGUAAUUUUUACUUAACCAGGAUAAGUGUUCUAACUUACAAUAUUCACUACUGUUGUAUGUCUCAACAAUCACCUCCAUGUUAGUCGAUACUGCUGUAUUUAAUGUGUUACAUAGGAGCUCCUUUUUGGAUAUUUGGUGUGUGUCCUUAUGGGGAUCAAUUCAGACUUCAUUUGCAUAUCACCUACUACUUUAAGAUCAUUGGUUUAUUGCACACGGGUUAUUGUAAGGUUUCUGAUACAUGUAAUCUGAAUUACUUUGGAUCUGUGUGUCAUUGAAAUUCUUUAGGAUCAUCAGUAUGUGUCACCUGAAUUGUUUAGGUUGGUUCAUGUCACCUGAAUUCCUUAAGGUUGGUUC